AUGUCUUCCUUUGAUUUCAUUGUGGUCGGAAGCGGCCCUUCAGGUUGUACUGUGGCUUAUGAACUAGCGAGAUCAGCCGCCAAGCCUCGUAUUCUUCUAAUCGAAGCCGGCGAUGACAAUGAUGAUCGUAGCCACCGGGUUGACGGGCAGCGAUGGACCACCUUCCAGAACUCAAGUAUGAACUGGGGCUACAAGACCACGCCCCAGCGAGACUGCAACAACCGCGAGAUUGACUACAGCCGCGGCCGCUGUAUUGGCGGUUCGAGCGCCAUCAACUUCGGAGUGUACAGCGUCGGUGCGCGGGAUGACUAUGAGGAAUGGGCCCGCAUCGCUGGCGACGACAACUUUGCCUGGAGCAGCAUUCAACGCCGAUUCAAGGCGCUGGAGAGCUUCCAUGGGGAGAUACCGGAGGGCGUGGACAAGAAGUUCGCCAACCCGAGGCCUGAGGACCACGGGUCAGACGGGCCUUUGCAUGUUGGUUUCGCCCGCGAAUGGGAGAGAGAUUUGACCGAUCUCUUGGAAACCGCUGAGCAGGCUGGCUUCCCUCUCAACCCGGAUCAUAACUCGGGUAACCCCAUUGGCUUGUCAGUCCUGAUCAACUCAGCGUACAAGGGGCUGCGUUCCAUGGCUGGCGACCUGGUGAAGGGCCGGGAGAACUUGACGAUCAUCACCGGUGCCCCGGUGCAGCGAGUGCUUCUGGAAGGCACAAAGGCUGUUGGAGUCGAAGCUAAGGGCACUAAAUAUUAUGCGUCCAAGGAAAUCAUCCUCUCAUCGGGAUCGCUCAACGACCCAAGAAUCCUAAUGCACUCCGGCAUUGGCCCCGCAGCCCAGCUUAAGGAAUAUAACAUCGAUGUAGUGCUAGACGCCCCCGCCAUCGGCCAAGGCCUUCGCGACCACUGCUUCGUCCCACUCGCCAACACCCGCGCGGAAGGCACCAACGACCGUAAAGCCUUCUAUGGUUCGAAAGAAGCCAUGGACGCGGCGCUCGAGCAGUGGCAGAAAGAUGGAACCGGACCGUGGGCCAAGUUCGCUUGCGAGCUGGGCAUUGGCUGGUUCAAGCUUACCGAAAAGCUCUCCGCAUGGCCAGAAUUCAAGGCCCUUCCCGCAGACGAGCAGCGAUAUCUGCUGGCGGAGACGGUGCCCCACUAUGAAAUUAUUACCCAUUUCCCCCUGCAUUGGUUCAUCCCAGACUUCCCCGCGGAGGCCCUGACGUACUCGUGUUUCCUCGUGUUUCUGUUCAACGCACAGACCCGUGGCGAGGUCGUCCUUCAGUCUUCUGACCCCGAUACUCCUCUGCUAUUCAACCCGAAGUUCCUUGCCCAUCCCUUCGAUCGUCGCCUGGCGGUGGAGGCGCUGCGUGACUCUUUGCGUCUUGCUAAGAGUGAGGCAUACAUUAAGGAUAAUAUAGCCGAGUUGGCGAUGCCCGCGGGCGAGUCGGACGAGGAGCUGCUUGAGUACUGGCGCCAGAACAUCUCAUCCAGCUGGCACAUGACCGGUACCGUGAAGAUGGGCAAGAAGGGCGACGCUGAUGCUGCGGUGGACCCUGAUUUCAAGCUCAUGGGUAUUGACAACCUGCGGGUCGCCGAUAUGAGUGUUGUCCCUGUAUUGGUCAACGCUCACGUUCAAGCUACUGCCUAUGUCACAGGAGCAACUCUGGGAGAGAAGCUUGUGAAGGAGUACAAUUUGGCAUAA